AUGCCUACACAAUCUUUUUUCGGAACGGUUUUGUUUGAAAUCAAGAAAGCUCUCUCUCCUGAUUCAAAAUACGGUUUAUGUCAGGAUUGUUUUCAACCAAACACGAAUAAAGAUUGGUGUCAAUCUUGUAACGCUGAAAGAUUUCGACAAAGCUUUUCAAAAUGGACAAGUGGUAAUAAACAUAUCGACUUGUUCAUUCAAGAUUCUCAAGUUUCUGCUGAGAAUUAUUUUGAAGUUGUAGAAUGGAUCCCUCAUGAUCAACUUACUAAAGUAACUUUUACCGCUAAUGGUAAAAAUAGUACUAAUUAUAAAGCUAUUUGGACUAACGGUGAUAUUAUACAAUGGGAUCAUGAAAAAAAUGAUUGGCUUCGUUGUCAAGGUUCAAUAAAUAAUUGGACUUAUACUCAAGAUAAAAAUGGCGCUACUAGAGGUUCUUUAACUGGUAGAAUUUUAAGACAUUAUUUGCAAACUUUUAAAGCUGCGAUAAAGAAUGAUAGUGUAUUAUUACCUCUAUUUGGUAUCACUCAACAUCCUAAAACAUCAGAAUAUAUGAUCGUUUCGGGAUACGCCGAAGGUGGUAGCUUAAAAAAUAAUUUGCAAUAUGUUCGCAAAUUAAGUUGGAAGAAACGUUUAGAAAUUUUGCAAGAUAUUGCUGCUGGUCUUGCUGGUAUUCAUCAAUCAGAUUUACUUCACAGAAAUUUACAUAGUGGUAAUGUUCUACUUUUUAAAUCUUUAAAUGAAAAAUGUGAUGAUAAUUAUUCUUUGAUUGGUGACCUUGGAUUACCUCAACCACUUGACAUUGAUGAUAAAAAUAUUCAAUUACCUAUCAUGCAAUUUCAGCAUGCUGAUAAAAUAAUUCAAGCUCAGUCAAAACAUUCUAGUAAUUUCUAUGCUCCUUAUUAUACAAAUUUCAGUUUAUCGGGUUAUAAAACCUCUUAUGACAAUAAAAAAGAGCAAACCCGUUAUUAUUAA